UCUGCUGGGACCUCCAGGUGCACCGCUGCGGAGCCCGGAACCCAGCCCCCGCCGCGAUGCUCUCCCCUGUCCUCCUGCUCCUGCUCUGGCUGCCCACCAGCCUGGCUCACCACAGCCCCCCACUCCGGGCGGGGCCCCGCACCCACACGCCCGGGACCCGGCGCUGCUACUCGGCGGAGGAGCUGCCCCUGGGCCACGCCCCUCCCCACCUGCUGGCGCGAGCGGCCAGGUGGACGCAGGCGUUGCCGGUGGCGCUGGUGCCCAGCCUGGAGGCGGCGGGCCGCAGGAGCCGGCACGCGGGUCCCCCGGCUGGGAGCCAGUGCCCCAUGCUGCAGCCUGAGGAGGUGCUGGAAGCUGGCGUCCACCGGCGCUCCAUCUCGCCCUGGAGAUACCGCGUGGACACGGACGAGAGCCGCUACCCCCAGAAGCUGGCCUUCGCCGAGUGCCUGUGCAGGGGCUGCAUCAGCGCCAAGACCGGCCGCGAGACGGCUGCGCUCAACUCGGUGCCGCUGGCCCAGAGCCUCCUGGUGCUGCGCCGUCGGCCCUGCUCCCGGGACGCGGCGGGGGCGCCCACGCCCGGGGCCUUCGCCUUCCACACCGAGUUCAUCCGCGUGCCCGUGGGCUGCACCUGUGUCCUGCCCAGGUCGGCCCGGUGAUCACCGGCUCGGCUCCUGGACUGGCCUCAGGGACGCCCCUCCUAUUUAUGUGUAUUUAUCGGUUAUUUAUGUGCCCCCCUGGGGCCCUGGGCAGGUACCGAGGCUCCAGGCCUCUGCUUUGAGACCUGGCCUGGGAAGGGCCCAGUCCCCGGUGCCUGGGGGAUGACCCUGUGCUGGGCAGCCCCCAGCUCGAGAUGCAGUUUAUCCUUUGACAAAAACAGCUGGGCUAGAAGGAACAUUCUCACUCUUCUAGAACUUGCU